AUUAGUCUGGUGCUAUGAAUGCGAAGUGGUUAAUCUAUUUAACAUUUGUAUUUUCGGUUUAGACUUAAUCUAAAUUGCAACGCUAUUUAUGCUUUAUGUGAGUCGUUUAACUGAGAAGUAUUAUUGCAAAAUAGUUCUGACACAAAUGUUAAAGCAAUGAAACGGUCGGAAUAUAUUGAAUUCAAAUGUCGUACCCGAUUGGCGAUAUUGCUGGUUGCUGGGAUACUGAUGACGUGCCCCAAUCUGGUGUCAUCACUUUCACUCGACAGUUUUUAUCCUUAUGACGUCGGGGACAACAAAACGGAAGUGAGCGAUGAUGAAAGUUCUCAACCUAUAGAGCUCUACGUCGGCUUUCCGUUCUUUAACAAGACCUACAGUAAAAUAUAUGUGAACAACAAUGGCAUCAUCUCCUUCAAUGACAAAUUUUCCAAGUACACACCUCAAAAUUUUAACGACUCCAAUUUCAACAUCCGGCUACCCCUUGUUUCCCCGUUUUGGGCAGAUGUGGAUAUCGAACAUUCGGAGGGUUUAAACGGAACCAUUGUGUACCGACUGGUCGACGAUAAACGCUUAGAUCAUAAAAUUUUAAAUCGUGCUUCUCAAGAUGUGAAAACAUAUUUUAAAGAAGAAAGUGAAUUUUCAGCAAAAAUUGUCUUAAUAGUAACUUGGUACGAAGUGGGAUUUUACGGUGCUUUGAUGGAUGGACAACUUAAGCGAAACACGUUUCAAACGGUGCUUAUAUCGGACGGACAGCACUCCUAUGCCAUAUUCAACUACAAAAAAAUCUCGUGGACGACUGGUACGAGUGGUGGUGGUGGGGACGAACUGACUGGUUUGAGCACUUUGGAUGGCAAACCGGCUGUGGUUGGUUUUUACUCGGGCUGGGAGAGUUACUACAUAGUCUCCCAGUCUGGAACGCCGGCCGUCCUAGAAAUAGCCAACGCAACAAACGUGGAUAUCCCUGGCCUCUACAUAUUCCGAAUAGAUGGACCGGAAAUCGAUGAUCGCAGCUAUAGGGUUCCUGGUCAGUCGGAGGCAGUGAAGUGUUAUGUGUGCACGUCGCUGACUGGCGGUGGCUGCGCUGACCCCUUCAAAGCCGACUCAACGAUCACCACGAAGGACAGUUGCGCUAUCUGUGGCAAAACCAAGGGAGCUCAAAGCGGCGUCCAAGUGGUAGCCCGUACUUGUGAGACCAGCUCCACGGGAAUGUCAGCUGGGUGUCAGUCUGCGAGCCAGGGAGGCGCAAGUGCCGACCUCUGCUACUGUACAAGCGACCUUUGCAACGCCUCAACACGCGCCUCCAUAACAACCGCCCUACUCUUCCUCAUGCCUGCACUUCUUCUGUGCUUCAAGAAAUUAUAAUUAUGUGUUAUGUUUAAAUCCUGACAUGCUACUGUUUUGAUUUAAUCAUUAUUUACAUUGAACAAAGUGUUUGAUGUGCAUCUGUGAUCAAUGUUAUUAGCAGCUAUAAUUACAUAUGCAUUAUCGUAGGAUUUUUAUUUCUUCUGAAAACAUUUUGAAUUCGUAUACUUCAUCUCGAUUGUAGUGAUAAUGGACUGAAAUUAAUUUAUGUAAAAUGAACAUGUUAUUAAACAAAUAAUCUAA